AUGGAUCGGUCGUCUGUAGAGACAAUCGGUGGAUUAGAAGCUCUCGUAGCUGCUGCUCAAUUACCACCAGUGGAGUACCCUCAUUCCCACUCACAUUCACAUUCACGUCCUCAAACACAAUAUCGACAUCCACCUCAAAAUUCGCACACUUGGCAUAAUACACAUUCCAGAACACAGGGUGAUCAAGGACAAACUCAAGUUCAAGAACUAGUCAAAUCAAACGAUCGACCGAAUGAUGAACAUGAUAUUCCUGGUGAAAUGACCAACGCUCAAUUACUAAACUUAAUAUUUUCUUCUCAAAUACCAAAUUAUACCAAUCCUCAAUCUACUUCACAACCUCAACCUCAAGUGCUCCAACAUUCCUCUCAAUCACAAUUCAACUCUACUCAUCCUACACAAUCCAACAUUCCUUCGCAGUCGUCACAAACACAACCUUUCAUACCUAUCGGUCAAUCCACACCAUAUCAACAAACUCGAAGUGGAAGAAUAUCUAGACCUCCUAUACUUCCACCAAUUCCUGAAUUAUUAUCUCAACUCAAUACUGGUUUUUCAUCAUCCACCACCGCGAAUGGGACCGGGAAUCCGAAUGGGAAAGGAGAGAAUCAUAAUAAUGGUGAGAUGGUACAUGGUGAUAUGGAGAAUCUAUUCAAAGCGUUUAAUGAACAUUAUCAACAGAAUCCCAAUCAAGUAGAGAGACAGAACACUAGAUAUGAAACUCAGAUAGAAGGGAAAAGGAAGAGAGGUAGAAAACCUCUUUCAGAAGAAGAGAAAGUGGAUAGACGAAGGGCGAGAAAUAAAAUGUCAGCUUUAGAAUCUAGGAAGAGGAGGAAAGAACAUGUUGAAGAUUUAGAAGAUGGUUUAAGGGAUAAAGAGGAUGAAUGUGAAGUUUUGAGAACUAGGGUUAAUCAGUUGGAACAGGAAGUUCAAAUGCUUAGAGGACUUAUCCUUGGUGCUGGUCUAAUGAUGCCUAUGUCAAAACCAAACCCAACUCUGAAUCAUAUCCCACAACAUCCUCCUCCCUCUGGUCUUUCUCAAACCCUAGGUCCAUCUUCCGUACCUACAUUCUCAACACACGACUCAGCUCUUUCCGUUCAAGAUUCAGUCCCGAUCCCCUCUUUCGACUCUCUAUUCAAUAUCGACCCACUCGAUCCUGAUGGUGAAGAUGACGGUGACUUCUUACCUGAAUCAUCACCGAAAUUGUCAGAUUCAGAUUCGGACGCAGAAACACCUUACACACAAAAAACAUCUAGAAAGAAGAAAAAAGGAAAGAGAAAAGUUCAAGAAGAUGAUGAAGAGGAAGAGGAAGAAGAUGAUUGGAUAGAUCCUGAUGUCGAAGAUGAAGAUUUAUUCUUACCAAUUGAAGAUGUACCUGUACCACCUGAAGAAGCAAAAGGUCUCAUGGCGGAAUUAGGAAUUGAGAAUCAUGGUCAAUUAGGAACUGUCGUUAGGAUGAUUAUGGAUGCUGCGGGUGAAGGAGGUUUGUCAGAGGAGAUGCAUGGGAAGUUGAAAGCUGUUUUAGCUUGGACUCAAAAGGUGGAUUAA